AUGUUCUCCUCGGCUCUUCCCGUCAUUCUUGGCGCCGUGCUGGUGGCGGCGACGGUAGCACUGGCCGAGGAACCAGACUUGCAAAUCCCGGAGGAGCAGCCUGUCGACUACUUUCCUCCGCCUCUCCAGCUCGCCCAUACCCCGACAAGCCCACCGCUACUGGUCAGCACCACACCUGCACCCGAACUACCGAAUCUCGACCUGAGGGGAGACAAGGAGAAGAGGGCGACCGGAAACCCUUUCAUUGGGUAUUUCUCUUCUGCUGGCUACUGGUACUCGUGGACGUGUCCUCCUGGCAAUUACUUUGCUGCAGAUCCGACAUUUGGCGCCUGCUGCGCUAGCACAUCAUCAAAUUGCAUGUACGCUACGGGUUGCGAUGGCCACACUGCCUUGGCAGUUGGAGGAGGCAGAGGUGACUGCGGCACGCAACUCUGCGACACCAUCACCAUCUUCAAUUCUGUAGAUGUCCAGGCUACAGGAGUUCGUAGUCUGAUAGGUUGUUUCGAGUCUUCGAACUUCUAUAGGGUCCCUCGCUCAUUCUAUCGCAAUACCUUUGCGUCUCGACCAACCACUGCCGCCAAGACCACGACGGUAAUACAGAGGGUCACUGUCGCUCCUUCGCCCGAUGCAGCCCCAGGUGUUCGACCAAGCGAAGGAGGUGCCGGUCUCUUUUGGACUGUCGCUGUUCCUAUUCUAGCGAUGUUGUUUGGCAUUCUACUUGCUUAA